AUGACGUUUGGACGAACCUUCAACGUUGUAGGAGCCCACUGCGGUGGCGAGGUCUGCGAUGUUGUCGUAGGAGGCGUUCUCGACGCUCCAGGCAAGACAAUGUUUGACAAGAUGAUGCACUUCUGGAAGAAGAGAGACAAUUUACGAAACUUACUGCUCAACGAGCCCCGUGGGUCAUCGGCCAUGUGCACCAACCUGGUGCUCCCGCCCUGCAAUCCGGAGGCGGAUGCCGGCUUCAUCAUAAUGGAACACGAGGAAUAUCCGCCGAUGUCUGGCGCCAACACCAUUGCAACUAGCACCGUCCUUCUCGAGACGGGAAUGGUACCCAUGCAAGAGCCGAUCACGACAUUGAAGCUGGACACAGCUGCCGGUCUUGUGACGGUUACCGCUGAGUGCGAAGCUGGGAAAGCAAAGUACGCCGAGUUCCAGAACGUCCCAGCCUUCGUAUACGCCUUAGACUUGGAGAUCAACGUUCCCGGCUUCGACAACCCAGUCAAAGUUGACAUUGCCUGGGGCGGGAUGUGGUAUGCGCUCGUCGAUGCUGCCUCGGUGGGGUUGAAGAUUGCCUCAGAGAACGGACGAGAACUUGUCGAACUGGGGGAACGCAUCAAACGAGCUAUCCAGGCACAGACCAACCCAGUACAUCCGGAUAACCCAGAGAUCCGUGGUGUCACUGUUUUUGAGUUCACCGAGCCACUUGUCACUUCUGGUAGUGACAAGACGGCAGUGAAUACGGUAGUGGUGUCUCCCGGAAGACUGGAUCGAAGCCCUUGUGGAACAGGAACAUGUGCUAGGCUUGCGGUGCUGCACAAGCGGGGAGAGCUCGCCGUCGGAGAGUCAUUUCGCCAUCGCAGCAUUAUUGGGACUGAGUUCGUCGGCACGGUUCGGGGUGAAGCCAAGGUUGGGGAUUACGAUGCUAUCAUCCCCGCAGUCAAGGGAAGUGCAUGGAUAACUGCUUUCAAGCAAGUCAUACUUCACCCUACCGACCCGUUUCCUGAAGGAUUCAGAGUUGGAGACAAGUGGCAUGUGAGUUAG